GUCAGGCAGCCGGUGGCCCGCCGGGCUCCUCUCCGCGCGGCGCCAGCGGCGGCGGGGGCAGGGCGCGAGCGAGGGAGCCCGCGAGCCCGCGAGCCCGAGAGCGGAGCGGCGAAGCGGGGAGGGAACGCGCUGCUGAGCCGGGGCUGGAGCGGCGGCGGCAGCGGCGGAGGGAGGGCCCCACGGACAGACAGACGCACGAACGGACCGAGCCAGGGAGGGAGCGAGAGAGACUUCGCCGGCGAGGAGGAGCGGCGCGAGCCGCGGCUGCUGGGCGCUUCCCCGCGCUGCUGGGUGCUCGGCGCCUCCGCGGCCCCCGGCUCCCGGCCUCAGCUUCCUCACGCGCGCGAGGCGCGGGGUGCGGGGCCCGGGGCUCGCUUCGCCGAAGGGGUCGCUGAACUAACUCUCAAGCUGGUGUGCGCGGUGGCGGAGCAGUGGCCGCCCAAGAGCUGGAGUCACCAUGGCGGCCGGAGUCGCAGCCUGGCUGCCUUUCGCGCGGGCUGCGGCCAUCGGGUGGAUGCCGGUGGCCAACUGCCCCAUGCCCCUUGCCCCGGCAGACAAGAACAAGCGGCAGGAUGAACUGAUCGUCCUCAACGUGAGCGGGCGGAGGUUCCAGACGUGGCGGACCACGCUGGAGCGCUACCCGGACACACUGCUGGGCAGCACGGAGAAGGAGUUCUUCUUCAACGAGGACACCAAGGAGUACUUCUUCGACCGGGACCCAGAAGUGUUCCGCUGCGUCCUCAACUUCUAUCGCACAGGCAAGCUGCACUACCCCCGCUACGAGUGCAUCUCCGCCUACGAUGACGAGCUGGCUUUCUAUGGCAUCCUUCCCGAGAUCAUUGGCGACUGCUGUUACGAGGAGUACAAGGACCGCAAGAGGGAGAACGCCGAGCGGCUCAUGGACGACAACGACUCGGAGAACAACCAGGAGUCCAUGCCCUCCCUCAGCUUCCGCCAGACCAUGUGGCGGGCCUUCGAGAACCCGCACACAAGCACACUGGCCUUGGUCUUCUACUACGUGACUGGCUUCUUCAUUGCCGUCUCGGUCAUCACCAACGUGGUGGAGACGGUGCCGUGUGGCACGGUGCCUGGGAGCAAGGAGCUGCCGUGUGGCGAGCGCUACUCGGUGGCCUUCUUUUGUCUGGACACCGCCUGCGUCAUGAUCUUCACGGUGGAGUACCUCCUCCGGCUCUUCGCGGCGCCCAGCCGCUACCGCUUCAUCCGCAGCGUGAUGAGCAUCAUCGACGUGGUGGCCAUCAUGCCCUACUACAUCGGCCUGGUAAUGACCAACAAUGAGGACGUGUCGGGCGCCUUCGUCACGCUCCGGGUCUUCCGUGUCUUCAGGAUCUUCAAGUUCUCCCGCCACUCCCAGGGCUUGCGGAUCCUGGGCUACACCCUGAAGAGCUGUGCCUCUGAGCUCGGCUUCCUCCUCUUCUCCCUCACCAUGGCCAUCAUCAUCUUUGCCACUGUGAUGUUUUAUGCCGAGAAGGGCUCCUCCGCCAGCAAGUUCACGAGCAUCCCCGCCUCUUUUUGGUACACCAUCGUCACCAUGACCACACUGGGGUAAGUCCUGCUCUGUUGGACUGGAGAAGGGCGGAGGUUGGAUUGACGAUGACGCUUUGGAUGGUAUCAGGAUUGGGCAGAGGAGGAUGGAGUCGCUUCUCCAAGUUGUAGGAGCCAGGGAAGCCCCUCAUCAGAAGAGGAAGGCACGUGAAUGAUUGGUUUGGGGAGGACAGAAGUCUCGUAGUUGAGUUUUCUUUUCGCGGGGGGCAUGUAUUUUACAAAACAUGGAAAAUUAAAUCCCCGUUUAUGUUUUUCAGCCAUGCCUUCUGUGUAUGUGUGUGUGGUGAGGGAGAGGUGAGUGGUGAUGCUGCAUGCUCAUAUGCAUCUUGUGCUUGCAAGGGCUGCCUUGAGGAGAAAAACAGCGUAGCAGGAAGGAAGAAGUCAGUGAGGAGUUCAGCGAGUGUUGUCAGGAGGGUACAGAUUUCCAUUAACAGAAGACACCUAGAACGCUCUUUGGGGAUCCUUCCUGCAUUUCUCCUUUGUCGUAUAUUUGCAGGCUGUCUUCUCUUUUGCCUUACUUUUCUUCUCUGCUGCCACAGAUGCUCAAGGGUUCAGUGGCUCUGAACAGACUUUCUCUAAGGGACUCUGAACUUGGGUUUUCUGCAAAGUGAGGCACAUGGUUUGUUUUUUUCUCACGGAAGGAACAGCAGUCUUGCUUUCUCAGCCUGACUCUGUGAUGGAAUGAUCUGGCCUUCCUGGGCAAUUGUGAGGUGGUCUGAAUGGAUCAUGUGGUCAGACACAGUGGCAGCGAUAUCAUCAGAGGGAGGGAGAGGCGCUCAGCGAGGUCACAGGUGACUGUCUCUUCCAUCUCCCCGAGGUCCCCUCUGCAGCUGAGGUCACCAAAAUGUAUUUGCGGUACUGGGAUGUGAAGAUUUCCAUCAGAGGAUGGGGGGUGAGGAAGCAGAUUACAAUCUUCGCCCUAACGGGAUUAGGGCCAAUGAAGGCAGCUUUACGGAGACGUGUAUUUCUUAGGGGUUGCUGCUUCAGCCGUUGCAACUCGUUGAGGCUAAUGCAGAACCCCUUCAUUAUUCACGUGCUGGGUCUAUAUUUGCUUAGGCCAGGAAGCGUUAUAUUGCUGAUGGAGAAUUCAUGAAGCUUUUUAUUUGGUGUUUGACAAUUUGGUUCGUGGCGUCCUGGUGAUUUGAUUUUGUUUUUCCUGGCUGAAACCCUGUGGCACUGGUAUCGGUUUUUCCAUAGUGCUGCAUGUGCUUGUUGGGAAUGACUGAGCAGGUGAUGGGACCUUUUCAAAUGAUUACAUUUGUCAUUCUGCCACAUGGGAGGGAGUAGCAAGGGGGAGGGCGUGGGGUGUCACUGUCCACGAUGGGGGCAUUCCAUUCACCUCUGUCUGUCUGACAGAGGCCACCCUGCCCCUUCCUCCCUUUCCAACACACACGCAGCCUCCAAAUAGCUGCUCCCACCCAGAUGGGCAAGAAAGUCUGGUCCUUUGACCUUGCCUCUCUUGGCUCAGGGGGCGGAUGUGGCUUCCUGGCACAGUGGAAUAUUUAGGGAUUAAAAUGGGCUAGAGAGCUGGCCACGUGUCAGGAGAAGGAGGCACAUUUGCUGCUUCUGUGCUAACCUGGCCAUCCCUUCGCUUUCCUGAAAGGGACCGCUCCCACGGCCAGGACCUCCAUGGCCGCGCUCUGACAUGGCUCUGACUAUCCAGCGCCCUCAAGUGCCCCUUGGUGGGACUCGUGACACCAGAGUGAUGCCUCAGGACCACCGUGGGGAGAAAACAGGACAGAUGGAUGGGUGUCAUCCAUGGGAUGGGGGAUGUGGGACCGUUUCAGAGGAGAUCAGUGGAAACUUCAGUGACCACCUGCCCAUUACAUUUUAUUAGUAUAACAGCGUAUGUGUGUCUACUGUGUGUCAGCAGUGUGCUGAGCACUUUGCAUAUGUUAUCUCUUUAAGUCUUCACAAUAGCCUUGCAAGGUAGGAAAAACUCUAUACAACUUCGAAGAUGCAGCAGGCGAGGCUCAGAGAGGUUAAGUAAAUGCCUGUAGUCACAUAGCUGCUAAGGGGCGGUGCUGCUUUGCAAAUACCAGUCUGGCUGUCUCCAGGACCCUUUCCGUUCUCCUUCCCCCCUCUACUUGUUUCCGUACCAUCAGGGCCCGUAGGUGGAAAUCAGCCCUUCAGAGUUAUUUUUUUUUAUUAUGGCCUCAGGGUGUCAUAGUCUAUUCUAGUCAUAUCACUAUUGAAGAAAGAAAGCAUCAGUGCAGUGAGUACUACAGACACCUCACUAGGCACACAGGGAAUUUAUAAAUAAAACAUUUCCUUCUGGCCAGUUUAAGUUCUGCCUUGGAAAUCCAUGACUGCUUUCAUUGCAAAAUCCAGUGUUUUAAUGUCAUUGGGGAGACCAGUGAUUUCCUUUAGCCUUCACUCUGUAGAAUCAAGGUCGAGUCCAAUGUCAGGGGGUGGACAGUCAUGGCCUCACAUUUAUUUUCGGGAAUGCGGGAGGGGCAAAGCAAGAAGACUCUGCCAGAGACUGAGACAAAGAUGAAGGGCAGGACACCUGCGUGGGAAGAAGCACGCUCCCCCUGACUGUGGGCACCGUGGACUCCUCACCCUUCCCUUCCCCGUGCAUCAAGACGUCUAGCCUCGGCGAGGAAAGACUCACGGGCCAGAACAAGAAAAGAAGCCUUUUAGUUAUACCUUCCUUAACCUCAGUUAAGUAACGGGAAUGCAGGCUUUUUCUUCCCUUCCACCCUGGCUGGUGUCGCCCAGUGCUGGAUUGGGCUGCUUUGACUUUGACCUGAGAUGGCAGUGGGAACCAUCACCAGGCUCACUGCUCGGCUAUACACAGCAGGUGUUUGGCAAAACACUGUUAAAUGGGUGGGUCAAUACGAAUGGGGCUCCUUUUCCAUUUGCUUGGUCUGAUACUGUUCUCAGUUCCUUCCAGACCCACCUGUCCUCUCUCUAGGGUGGACCCAAGAUUUGGGUCUGCCCCAGCCCUGGCCCCAGGGAGAGAGGAUGGCAGCCUUCACCUGGUGUGUGGUCCCCCCGACUGGGGUGCUCUGCUGCAUUGUGGGGGUCUUCUUGCCCUUACUGGAGGUCUUACCCACCAGACCCUGGAAACCUUUCCUCUCCUCGGCUGGUUUCCUUCCUGAGCUCAUUUACUGGCUAGUUGUAAGCUUGUUCGACCACUCCAGAAAGCCUGUCUUUUGCUUACUCUUCACUGGCAUUUGAGCCCCAGGUGGCUGUGCAAUACCAAGGGCCAGUGUUCUGCCACAUUCCAUGUUCUGUCUGAUUGCUUCCAAAAAUUCCCAGCAGACUUCUAGUUCUUCCAGGCUCCAGACCCUCCCCGCCCAAACCUCCCCUUGCUUCCUAUUUCCAGUCCGGAGAGACUGUCUUGAGUUCCUUUGCAGAGCAGGACUGACUGACUGGCCGAGGGCUGAUGUGCUGAGUGAAGGAGUUCGCUCUUCCUGGCUCUGGUUGCCAUCUCUGCCUGCUUUCCCAGGAUCCGCUGAUGAGUUACUCAGGUGUCCUCCAGGGAGGGAUCUCCUGGAGCCAAUUAUUCCUAUUUAUUUAAUUUCUCAAAAUAUCUUAAGCACACAGAACAAUAACAGCCCAGCUGCCAUCAACGCUUGAGGAUGGCUUUCCUUUGCCACCUCCUUUGCUGGUGGGAAAGACACCUGUGCCCAGCCCAGGGUUCCCUUGUGCCCCCUGGACAGCUGAGCUCCCAAAUUCACCAUUAAAGGAUUAAUUUCCAUGCUCAUAAUGGAUGCUAUAAAUAAAAUAAAUCGUCAAUUAUCUCAGUUAACAGAGGGAAGGGAUAAUACAGAACUCCCAAUAUUAAAUAAGACCAGCACAUCUAGUUUGGGAAUGUAUUAUAUGGCAUAGACUUCUUCAAAGCAGAUUUCCCCUCUUCAUUUUAUUUGACUUUGGUUGGCAUCACCAUUGGGCGGACUGCCUGAGCCGGUCCGUGGGUGAAGCUCACGUGGGGCGUGGGGAAGAGGGGAGGAAAGCUUUGUGAGCAAGCAUCCGCAGGGCCAUGGAGGACCAGCUCCAGGCCUGGAUGGGGUGAGGCCGCUCUUGGAUAGCUUAGGGAGGGGGAGUUGGACCUGGGAAGGGCAGGGAGCGGCAGAGCAGCAGAGCAGCAUCGCUCCUGAUGAGGUGGCCCGCUGCUGCCCAAGUUGGCUUGGCUAUGUUAUUGAGACCGGCAGCCUGUCUUCACCCCGUGUCCUGAGAUGAGAGAGCUUUUGACAGUGUCCAAAAAUCACUUUAACGGGCUUCUCUGGUGGCGCAGUGGUUGAGAGUCCGCCUGCCGAUGCAGGGGGCACGGGUUCGUGCCCC